AUGGCUGGGACGGCGGCCCUUGACCAGAGCACUGGCUAUGGCAUCGUCCUAGGCCUGGGCAUUCUUUUUGCACUUGGCAUGAUCUUGGUGACAUUUAUUCUCAAGAGGUACAAUGCCGAGGUCCAAACUUCCGAGAUGUUCAACACGGCCGGCAGGACCGUCAAGUCGGGCCUAGUCGGGUCGGCAGUUGUAUCGUCGUGGACAUGGGCCGCCACAUUGCUGCAGUCUUCGGGCGUAUGCUACCGCUACGGCGUUUCCGGGCCGUUUUGGUAUGCUAGCGGCGCGACGGUGCAGAUUCUCCUAUUCGCGACCCUUGCCAUCGAGCUCAAGCGCCGCGCGCCGAAUGCGCACACCUUCCUCGAGGUCAUCAAGGCCCGCUACGGCACCGCCGCCCAUGUCACCUUUAUGGUAUUCGGACUGGUCACCAACAUUCUUGUUUCCCUCAUGCUGAUCGUGGGCGGCUCGGCCACGGUCAACGCACUGACGGGCAUGCACACCAUUGCUGCCAUCUACCUGCUCCCCGUCGGUGUUGUGGCUUAUACCAUGGUCGGCGGGCUGAAGGCCACCAUUCUGACUGACUGGGUCCAUACCUUUAUUCUUCUCGUUAUCAUUAUCAUUUUUGCCCUUUCGGCUUACGCAAGCUCCGACGUCCUAGGCUCUCCCUCGGCCGUUUAUGAUCUCCUGGUCGAGGCCGCCGCACGCCACCCUGUCGAGGGCAACAAGGACGGCUCGUACUUGACGAUGCAGUCGCGAGAGGGAGCCAUCUUUUUUGUUAUCAACAUUGUCGGCAAUUUCGGAACUGUCUUUUUGGACAAUGGCUACUACAACAAAGCCAUCGCUGCCUCGCCUGUCCACGCCCUGCCCGGGUACAUCAUCGGUGGCCUUUCGUGGUUUGCCAUCCCUUGGCUGACUGCUACAACCAUGGGCCUGUCCGCCCUUGCCCUCGAGAGCAACCCCCGGUUCCCCACCUACCCGAACCGCAUGUCCGAGGCCGAGGUAUCUGCCGGCCUAGCCUUGCCCUAUGCUGCUGUUGCGCUCCUAGGCAAGGGUGGCGCCGUGGCUACGCUACUCAUCAUCUUCAUGGCUGUCACGUCCGCGACGUCGUCCGAGCUGAUUGCCGUCUCGUCCAUCUUUACCUACGACCUCUACCGAACAUACUUCAACCCAUCGGCCAGCGGCAAGAAGCUUAUUUGGAUCAGCCACUGCAUCGUGGUUGGCUAUGCGGCCUUUAUCGCUACCUUCUCGGUUGGGCUGUGGUACGCUGGCAUCAGCAUGGGCUAUCUCUAUGUCAUGAUGGGCACAAUCAUCUCAUCCGCAGUCCUCCCCGCUACCUUGGCCCUAACCUGGUCUGGCCAGAACCGCUGGGCCGCUACACUUUCGCCCAUCUUCGGCCUCGUGGCUGCUCUGAUCGCGUGGCUGGUCACAGCGCAGAAGGAGUGCGGCUCCCUCGACGUCGCGUGCACGGGAUCCAACAACCCGAUGCUUGCGGGUAAUGUGGUCGCACUGCUCUCGCCCGUGGUUCUCGUCCCCAUCUUCACCCUCAUCUUCGGCCGCGAUCGGUACGACUGGCAGUCGAUGAUGGCGAUUCGCAAGGCCGACGACCACGACGUCGCCGACGCCGCUGGUGUCGACAUCGAGACGGUCCCCGGAGGCCACGUCGAGACGACGGACGAGUUCGAGGAGGAGCAGCGCAAGCUUGUCCGCGCGGGAAAGAUCUCCAAGACCAUGACCAUUGUGUUGACACUUGCCUUCCUCGUCCUCUGGCCCAUGCCCAUGUACGGCUCCGGCUACGUCUUCUCCAAGCCCUUCUUCACCGGCUGGGUCACCGUUGGCAUCAUCUGGAUCUUCGGCUCGCUCGGCGCCGUCGGCCUGUUCCCCAUAUGGGAGGGCCGCAAGACCCUCGCCAACACGUUCCGGUUCAUAUGCUCCGACGCCACGGGCAAGAGGCGCCAUGCCUCGCGCGUCGCUAUCCAGGCCCAGCCCACGCCGGUCGCGGCCACGCCGGGCGACGCCACACCGACCGAGAAGGAGGCCGCCUCCAAGUCUGGAGGCGAUGUCCGGGUCGCGCAAUAA